UCCGGCUCCGUCUUUCUUUCCACCUCUCAGUCAGUAAUAAUGGAGCCCAGCAGUCCGAAGAAGAUCCAGUUUGACGUGCCUCCGCUGCAGGGCCAGCUUGACCCGCAGGCCGCCGAGCAUAUCCGACGCAGAAGACCGACUCCUGCCACUCUGCAGAUCUACAGACAACCUGGCACAGAUGUUGGAGAUCAACACAACGCUGGAGGAGAGUCACAGGCUGCAGACUCGUCUCAGAGGAAGCAGAGCACCUACGUCCCUCCCUCCAUGAAAGGUAAACUGGAGGGGACCGUCCCUGAGGAAGAGGAGGACGAGGAAAGCAGCCGUCAGGGAGACUGAUGAAGACACAAACACAUACCAACACCGAACAGGCAACCAGUCCGUCUCUGACCCCUGGACACGCAGACGGACCCCGGCGUCCACCCAGUGACCCCCACAGUCACAGAGCCGGGGCGGGUCACCUUCAUCCAUCAUGCUCGUCCCCGGUCAUCAGGCUUCACACGGGUCAACAGUUUCUGUUCAUCUGAACCUAAAACAACCAGAACUCUGUUUACCGGAAUCAGCUCAUUCACUAGAAGGAUGCUCAAGGCCGCAAAAACUAAAUUAACAAACCAUUUUAGGUUCAAAGAUCUUCAUCAGCAUAGUUUAUCCUAGUUCAUUUUAAAUUACAGCUUCAACACCGGAGACUAAAAUGAAACAUUUAAGCAACAUUUAUUGAUUAGAUCAUGGUGAAACUGAAACCUCCCACAUCCUGCUGCAUAUUUUACACAGGUGUGUAGUGUAACUCCACUAUUAAGUUGACGUUUUCUGUUUCCAGUGUUAUAAAUGUCCAGUUUUUGUUUUUUUAAAUCAGGAUUUUGGACAAAAUUGUCACGACACCCACAAAACACUAAUUUGGUCUCAUAAAUCCUACUGUGUACAGCUCUGGUCACGUCAGUGCUGAAUGAAUGGAUAUCCAUUUUUAAAUCUGAUCUUUAACAUGACAGUUGACUUUGUAAAUUCAAUAAUAGCAUCAAUCCACAUAGUGUAGGAGAUGAUGAACAGUUUAUCCCUGUGAUCAUUACUUUGAACAUUAUGGUAGAAACCUUUAACAGGCUGCCCCCUGGUGGCUCCAACACUGAACAGCAGGACUUUGAAACACCUGCUGCAAUUCUCAUCAUUUCCUGUAAUUGUUUUAGAUGUUUUUAAAAGUAACACUGCAUUUUGUAUCAAAUCUGAAGAGUUAAUCGUGAGCUAAUGAUGUAUACGUGUCUGAACUGACUGUGAUUGAUGUUUUGAUAAUGCAGGAAAACACAGAUUUUAAAUACUAAGAAUUAACAGCAUUGUUUGUUUCCUCGUGCAACACGUGUUUUAUAAAGUGUCUGCAUUUCAACAUGAUGGCCAUUACAAAAACUUUUUUUUUUCCAGAUUCAUUAUUUAUUCAUUAUUUUGGAACAAUUGAGUUUGUAAGUGACUAACAUGACAAUGUAAUAAUACUCAAGAUCAUCCUCAAAUGAAACCGAGGCGUUACAACUUACCUCUUGGGAUUUCAUCUCAUCGUAGUUUAAGAGCCUUUUCAUGAACUAUGGCCACACACACAAAACUGAACAUUUUUUUAAAAUUAUUUUUUAUUGAUGUAAUUUAUGUUACACGGUGGAAUCAGAAACACAAAGAGGCCGCAACCCUUCCACACCAGAUAGCAGAAUGUGUUUACAGAUCUAUCCGUUCAUGCUUAUAAUGCAUACUAUGGUUGAGAUCCACGGCAGAGACGCACGUGUCUCUCGGGUUUCAGCACAUUCCAGCUAAAACGUAUGUAAAUAUUCACACUUCAACCAUUUCUAGAUUUUUACUUUCAAACAUUUAUAGAUGAAAAUCCUGAAUAGUAUGCAAAAUGAGCUUUAACACACAGCCCCGGGUGACAGAUGAGCACAGGGCUGGCAUAAAAGGAGCCUAUUUUUUUUUUUUGUCUUUUCUUUCCACGUUGUGUUUCCUAAUAUGUAGCCCUUGCAAAGCCUUGAUUGAGAGAAAAAAAAAAGUAUAAAAUAAACCAGACCCCACUUUGUAAAAGUUGUCUGC